UCAACUUGCCACAGCACGGUGAAGCUGAGGGUUGUUCUUCUGAUGGCUGUCUUCCGCAUAGCGUGAAUUCAACCUCUUCUCUUUAAUUAGCAUCUGACGGUAGCUUGUAUUCCAUCUGAUUCUGCUUUGUAGUUUUUGUUUUGUAGUCUUAUCGCAAGGUUAAAUUCAUUGGCUAACGUUUAGUUAGCUAGCUGGCUAACGUUUACAGGAGUUUCCACUUGUUGCUAGCCAGGAGGAGCAUCGCCCACAACAAUGCCAGGAUACCCUUGGUUCUCGUGGUUUCCUUGACAGAUAUCUGUUUCCUUAUGUGUGGUCAAAACAAUGGUGACACGGCUCCCAUGUGUGGCUGUUGUGACAGAGUUAUCAAUUGUAAAAAAAAAGAAAAAAGUUUACAGGCAUCCCAUUUUCGUUCUUAAUCUGAUUAACGGUACACUUAACAGCGUUUUCCGCUGAUGAAAGUAGUGCUGCGCCAUACUUUGCGAAGUCAGCCGUUUACGGUGUCCGCUCCUCGUCUCAAAGUAUGGAUAUAUCCAGCGACUCUGACUCAUACGGCAGGACCCCGGACCACCGGUCACGGCGGCGUGAAGCCCACCGCAGACCUGGCCGGGAGAGGGCCAGAGGCAACGGGAGAGAAAUCGACGGGCGAACCGUAGACAUCUCCGAGAAAAUCAGCACUCUUGCAAACACCUUACAGGACACCAGCAGGAACUUGACCAAAGUAGACAAGAUGCUGGGUCAGUACAGGGAGCACACAGACGACCAGGCUGAAGCCAUGGCACUGCUUAGGGAGAACCUAGAGGAGUCAAUCAGCCAGCUGCAGACACAGAGGCGAUCCAACGGGGUUCGGAGCUCCUCAGCCUCCACCCUGCAUACCAGCGACCUGGAAGCUUUCUCAGGAUCAGAAGGCCAGCGUUUCUACCCCACUUCUCCACUUAAGGAUUACACGAGCCCUCCAGGAAGGAGGAGGAGGUCUCAAUCUGCCAAUGUUCGCUUCAAGGAUACCAGCCUGGAAGGAGACGGUAUUCAUACCCUGCACCAGUCCUUGAGGGAUCUGCGUUGUGACCAGCAGAGACUGUCUGAUGACCUGGAUAGAGAAAUCCUCCGGAGGAACCGGGCUGAUAUUGACACCAGGCGGGCGAUGGAAAGCCUCACAGAGCACAUGACAGCUUCCCUGAGACAGGACUCAGUGUCGUCUCGUGUGGAGCGGCGUCUGCAUGAGCUGGAGAGAGAGAUGCACGGCGAGCAGAGGAGCACGGGCGGAGAGAGGAGGCCGGAGCAGCGGGCGGCCGUGUCUGACGAGCCGCAGGAGACUUUAGGGAGAUGCCAAAUUGGAGCCAGUGAAAGAGAGGAGAAGAUGGCAGCCAGGCUGCUCAAAGCAGACAGGGAGAAAUCCAAGAUGGGGCAGGAACUAGAGAGAGCCAGAAGAUUGCUGGAACAGUCAGAAGAUAGCAGAGAGUCCCUCGUUCAACAGGUGGAGGACAUGCGCUGCGAGCUGCAAAGGACAAGGGAGGAGAAGACAGGGCAUGAGAGGGCACGGCUGGAGACUUCUCGGCCCAGUGCUCAGCCACAUGGCAGCUAUGCUGACAAGGAUGGUGGAAGAGGUGGGCUGCAAGGGCCAGAUCGCUCAGACCUGGAAAAGGAAGUGGCAGAACUGCGUGUUCAGCUGUGCAAAGCCUCGGUCCGUGGUGAAGUCGAAGAACUGAAGAGGGCUCUGGACUGUAAAGAGAGGGAGAGGGUCCAGCUCAGCUUACAGUUGAAGGAAUUAUCGUCAGACCUGGCGGUGCGAGAGCAACAGCAGCAGCGAAUGCUGGAACAGCUGAGGGACAUACAGAGCCGAGGGCAAGCAGAGAGGAGAGAGACGGAGGCAUUACUCCUCGAGAGCACAAGGAGCAGAGAUGAAUUGAAGACCAGAGCCCAAGAGGCUGUGCGCCAGUGGAGGGCAAAGUGCAGGAGACUGCAGAAGGAGCUGGAGGAGGCGAGGGCUCAGGCUCAAUUUCAUACUGACAAGGCCUCACAG